UGACUUCUCAGUCACUGUGAUUUCUAACAGAUACGCGAUUUCCUGCCCACCACUAGUUUACGUUAAGAAGCUCGUGUUAUGUAGUCUGUACACUGUACAGUGAUGUUUAGACUUUUGACGUUAGAGUAAUGGAUGUCGUAGUAGCUGUGACCGAUCGGAAAACAUGUCAGAAUAUGAUAUUAGAACUGAAGUCAAUAGGAAUUCAUGAUAGCACAUACCCUGUGCAGAAACUCGAUGGAAACUUGUUGGGUAUUCCAAUCAAAAACGAUCUAGAAAUCCUGAAGAAAUAUUUGGUUAGUGACAACAAAUAUGAAAUCCAAGGCAAACCAUUUUAUCUUAAGAAGUGUGAUGAAGUUUUUUUAGUUGCAGCCAGUACCACUCCGGCAGCGAAAUUGAAAACUAACGUUAAGCAGUUGUUGGAUAAGAAAAACGUGCCAAUAAGUGCAGAAGUGGAGAUAGAAAUUCCGGAAAAAUGGGAGAAAUAUGGUGAUACUGUAAUUUUUGGUAAUGAUAAAUCUUUCGAAAGUGAUGUCUGGCAGUCUCGUGUCGGUAACGAGUUGUGGCUUGUCGUGUGUGAUACCUUGAAGGUAAACAGAGUGGCAAUAAGGAAGCGGAUAAAAUCAGAUUGCUAUAGGACACCAAGAGCAGAGCUUGUUUGGGGAAAUUCCUCGUGGGUAACACAUACUGAUAAUGGAAUAAAGUACAGCUGGAAUGUAGAAAAAAAUAUGUUUUGCGCCGGUAAUGCACCAGAACGGCAUAGAGUCGCAGGAUUUGACUGUAGAGAAGAGGUAGUUGUAGAUAUGUACGCUGGUAUUGGCUAUUUCACUUUGCCAUACAUUAUACAUGCUGGCGCGAAAACAGUGCAUGCUUGUGAGUGGAAUCCUGAUGCUGUUGUUGCAUUACGAUAUAAUUUAUCACAAAAUAAUAUUGUUGAGAAAUGUGUAAUUCACGAAGGAGAUAACCGUGUUGUGUGCCCUGUUGGUGUCGCAAACCGUGUUAACUUGGGACUUCUCCCAUCUUCUAAGAAAGCUUGGAAAACAGCUUGUGCUGCUCUGAAUCCAGUUUCUGGUGGAGUUUUACAUGUACAUGAAAAUGUCACUUCAGGUAAACCCAAAAUUACACAUGAGGCUACGGGUAACUUUGACAAGGAUUUGGAAAAGCAAACUUGCAUGAACAGUAACUGUAAUACCUGUGUGCAAUUAAUAUCAACAUUGUCAAAGCAAGAGGAAACAUUUUGUGAUGCUUGUAGCACAUCAUUUUGUUUGCAGUCAGAUAAUAUGAAGAGUCAAGUGCUCAACAAUAUAAAUUUCAGGUGGAAGAAAGUUGAAUGGAAAAUGUGGGCUUUACAUACCUGUCAUACCAUCUGUACAUUACUCCACACCAUACAUGGUCAAAACCACCCUUGGGAAGUUUCUGUUCAGUGUCUUCACCAUGUGAAGUCAUAUGCACCACAUGUUGACCAUCUUGUUCUUGACUUAAAGUGUAUUCCUUUGAUUGGAUCUGUGUAGCUUUCUGCAUCAAACAAAAUUGGUCUUUUUGUAACAGUUCAUUUUUAUCACACUGUAAUACAUUUUGUGAAACCUGUACUUCGUGUUUACCUGAUUUUCCCCAAGUAGUUAUUAUUACUACUAUGUAAUUAUGUGGUAUGUUUUCUCUGUUUCAAAAAAGAAGACUAUGUAUGUUGUAUAAGUUUCUUGUUGUACUUGAUGGUUAUUGUGUAUGUUGAUACAAUACAUUUUGUUUGUAUCUACCA